AUGCAGGAGCUACGCCAUAGGGUCCAGAACCUGGAACGACAACUAGCCGAUCAGGAGCAUGAUCGACGAACCACCGAUCCUAGCUACUCCCCAUCCCCUGAAAGCCGGGAGAGAGAUUCCCACCGGAGUCACCCCCGGCAAGCCUCCGAUUCCAGAACGGAAGCGGAAAGCACCCGAGAAGAUUCGCCCAUCCCGAGAAGACGAAAUGACACAAUCAUCUACUCCCGAGGCAAGGAAACACAUCCCACGGGACGAGAUCGCGAGGAUGGAGAAGGGAGGCCUGUGAGGACAUGGCGCCCCGUGAUAAUGGGCGCCACCCCGUUCCAUCGGUCCAUCCUCGAGGUCCGGUUGCCUAAGCACUUCGACAAACCAACGGACAUGAGGUACGAUGGAACCCAAGACCCUCUGGAACACCUCACGGCCUUUGAGGCUAGAAUGAAUCUGGAGGGAGUAGGAGACGAGGUGAGGUGCCGGGCCUUCCCGGUCACCCUGGCAGGACCUGCGAUCCGAUGGUUUAACGGCCUCCUGCAGGGAUCCAUCUAUGGGUUUUCGGACAUCAGCCAUGCCUUCUUAGCUCAAUUCACAACACGAAUAGCAAAGACAAAGCACCCAAUCAACUUGCUCGGGAUAAUCCAAAGGCCCGGGAAGCCGACCAGAAAAUACCUGGACUGGUUCAACGACGAAUGCUUAGAAAUUGACGGCCUAACCGACUCGGUGGCCAGCCUCUGUCUGACGAACGUCCUCCUCAACGAGGACUUCCGAAAACACCUCACCAAGAAAUCGGUUUGGACGAUGCACGAGAUCCAAACGGUAGCUAAGGAAUACAUAAAUGACGAGGAAGUCAGCCAGGUCGUGGCUGCCAAUAAACGACACUCCGGCUACAAUCAACCUAGGCAACAAAGUAACAGAGAGAGACAGAAAGAGCAAGGCAGAGAGGGAGGGCCGAGCAAGGCACCCAGACUGUUUCCCCGGAUCAGAAAAUUCACCAAUUACACUCCACUCACUCUCCCCAUCAUGGAAGUUUACCAGCAAAUAGCCGAGAAAGAAAUCUUGUCGAAGCCCCGACCACUCAAGGACCGUACGGGGGAAAACAAGAGCUUCUACUGUGACUACCACAAGGGCUUUGGGCACCAAACACAGGACUGCUUUGACCUGAAGGAUGCACUAGAGCAAGCGAUAAGGGACGGUAAACUAACAGAAUUCUCCCAUCUUAUAAGGGAGCCGAGGAGGCGACAUCGCGACCAAGACGAGGAAGGCAAGACCCGGUCGGCAAAGCGGCGACAAGAGCCAAAAAACAAAGACCACGGUCUCACCGUGAUAAACGUAGUAACCGCCAAAAACACCACACCGAGGUCGAGAUCGGCGCACAAGAAAGACGCCAAGGUCCUGGCGGUCUCCUCCUCGCCGAUGCGAAGCUCUAAGAAGCCCCCAUCUAUCUCUUUCGGCCCGGAAGAUCAGUGGUUUGACGAGGCCCCUGAAAAUCCACCCAUGGUCAUCACGGCCAGAGUGGAAACUGGCCUCGUCAAAUGA